UCUUUUUGAAUUUUUAGGAAAGUUAGCAACAAUUGGUCAAAAUCUGUGCGAAUUGGGUCAGCGACAGGGAGAAGCUAGCGGGCGCAGCAAUAAUGCGUCACAAAAGAAUCAACAGUCUUCAUCCAAGGCAACUCCUUUUACACGGGGUUCGUCAAAUUAUAACAGUGGUAUUACGUCGACACCGCCAUCAGCAGUUACAACAACAACAACAGUUUGUCCACGAGCACUGACACGACAUCGAAAAUUCGGUCUUAUUAAUUUAUCAACCGAAUCUGUACCAGCAACUACUUCAGUUAAUUCAACUGGUAUAUCAACUGCUACUGCAAUAACAAAACAACAUCAUUAUCAAACACAACAUUCACAACAACCUUAUAUUCAUUCACAUCAAUCUAAUAUAAAUCAACAACAAAAGCAGCAACAACAACAACAAAAUCAUUGUCGUUAUCAUCAUCAUUCUCAAUUAUUAUCUCAGUCAUCAUUUAGUUCUUCUAAUAUAUCUUCACUGUCAUCAAUAUCAUCAGCACAGUCGGCUAUAUCAACUUUACCAGUAUAUUCGUCGUCUACUUCAGGGACUACAACGUCAUCUCUAAUAACACUAACUACCACAACAACAUCAACAAGAGGAACAACAACUGUUACGAAAGGAAUAAAUUCAAUACCAACAGCUACAAAUAAAAAUGAAUUGCCAACAUCAUCAGUAGUAUCGGAAAUAAUUACACCAACAAUAUCGACCCCAAUUAAAACGAAAAAUACAUCAGCACAAACAGUAUCAUUAUAUUCUACUGUUGGAUUAACAUCAAAAAUUAAGCCAACUAAAUUAUUACAUUCAAGAAAAAGUAAUAUAACUAAAAACAAUAAUAAUAGUAAUAAAAAUAGUAAUAAUAGUAAUUACAAUAAUAAUAAUAUUAGUAACAAUAAUAGGAAUAAUAAUAAUAGUAAUAAGAGUAAUAAUAGUAAUAAAAACCAUAAUAGUGACAUUAUUAAUCGCAAUAAUAGUACCUACAAUGAGAAUAGUAGUAAGUCAUUAUUAGUGUAUACAAUUGAUAAUAGUAAUAAUAAUAUACAUAUUGAUAAAACAUUAAAUAAAAUUACUCCUAUAAAUAUCCCAAUAUUAUCUACAACGUCAUUCUCAUCAUCCAGUACAUCAACAAAAACAACUGUAAUUAAUAUAAUAUCAACAGCAAAAAAAUCAAAUUCAGAAACGAUAACAACAACAACAUCAACUUCAAUAUCUAAUAGCCUACUAAAAACACAAAAAGAUCAAUUAAUAAGGGAUAAUACAGGAGUUGGUAGAAGAAAGAAUAAUAAUAAUAAUAAAAGUAAUAAUAAUAAUGAAAAUAAUCCUAAUAAUAUUAAUAAUAGAAAUCGUUCAAAUAAAGAAGGUAUUGAAAUAUUUGAAAAAGAAGAGCAACCGCAAAUUCAAUAUUUACAACAGCAACAGUUUCAUAUUGAUGAUAGUAGUAUUGGCUGUACAUCUAAUAAGGUUUUAAUUAAAAGCCCUAACAAUAAUAGUGAUAGUCAGCCCUCAAUUAGUAACGAAAACAACAAAUAUAAAAACAAUAAUAAUGAAAAUAAUAAAUAUAAUAUUAGUUGCAUUAAAAAUAAUAAUUGCAAAAAAAAUAAUAAUAAUGAUAAUGGUAGUAGCAAAAGUAAAAGGAAUAACAAUUAUGGUAAUAUGUGUAGUAGAACUAAUAGCAAUUAUGAAAGCUUAGUUGAGAAUGUUUAUAAUAAUGAAAAUAAAAGUACUAUUCAAAUAAACUCUCUUGAUAAUAAAAAAAUUAAUAUAGAUUUAUUAAAAGAAAUAAAUGAUCCAUUCAAAAAAGCAGUAGGAAGUACAACAGUAACUACAUUAGGUACCAAUAUAUCAGUAAUUGAAUCAUUAGCUUCAACAGCUAUAACUGGAAAAAUUAAUGAUAAAAAUAUAGAAGAAAAUAAUAAUGUUAAACAACAGCAAGAAAUUAAUGAAAAAUUGAUGAAUUCAUCCCAACAGCGUCAACUAUUUUCAAAUAAAAACAAAAAUAAUCAAUUAGAAACAAUUGCUAUUGCAAAAGCAUUAAACGAUCCAAAAAUAAACGAAACAGUAUCAGCCGCAACUCAAACUUCUGCAAUAUUGUCAACUGCAUCCGCAAUAGCAAAAAGUAUUAUUGUGGCAGAAGCAAAGGACAUUACAGAAGCAGCAACAGAAACAACAAUAGAAGAAGAAAAAACCGCAAUAAAUAUAAAAAGUCUCAGUAGUAGCGUAAAUAAUAAUAGCUUUAGCGAUAAUAAUAACAAUAAUAAUAAUAAUAAUAAUAAUAAUAAUAAUAAUAAUAAUAAUAAUAAUAAUAAUAAUAAUAAUAAUAAUAAUAAUAAUAAUAAUAAUAAUUAUAAUAAUAAUAGAAAAUUUAAUGAAAAUCUGUCAUUAAUUGAUAUAAAGUCACAGCUAAUAAAAUCAAUAAGAGGAAGUGAUUCUAUAAAAACUAACUUAUCAACUAAUUCAGCUACCAAUAUUAUUCCUGUUGAUAAUAAAGAUAUAAAUACAUCAUUAUCAAUAGAAAAAUUAGCAAAAUUUUCAAAUAUUACGGACACACAACAUGUCCAAGUCAAUUCAACAACAAAUGUAAUACCAUUAUCAUCAUCAUAUACUUCAAAAAUCAAUGAGAGUAAUAAUAAAAAAAUAAAAUCAAAUCCAAAUCCUCAUAGUUAUAAAAUUAAAAAAGAAACUUUAUCUUUGAAAGCUUCUCCCGAAUUAUGUAAUGAUAAAAAACUUGAAUUAAAAAACUUAAAUAAUAUAGAUAAUAUGAAUCGAAAAAGUAUUGAAGAAGUUGAUACUGACAUAUCUGUUCCAUUAUUUCAUCAGUCAUCAGAAUUACAAGAAGAAGAACAACAACAGCAGCAACAUCAGGAUAAAGAAGAAAUAAAUGAUCAAUCACAAGAGCAACCGAAUGAGUUAGUAGAGUUAUAUAGGAGUGAAAGCUUUGGUGAUUUGGAUCAACAGUCAGAAAAACAACAAUCACAAUCCGAACCACAAUACGAUAUAUUAAAUAAUAAACAAAAUGAUGAUAGUCAAUCAAUAAUUGAACACAAUAUUAUUAAUAAUUAUUUUUGUUCUUCUCGAGAUAUUAAUAUCGAUAGAAACAACAAAAAUGAUUCAAUGUUUUCAAAUUCAACAAUGCCAACAACAAUGUCAACAACAACAAAAAAUACGACUACUAAUAUGUCUACAAAUAUAAAAGCUUGUGAAGAUCAUGAUAAUGACGAUAACACAAUUUACAUACAAGAGAAAGAUGUGUCAUCAAAUCACGAUACUGUUAUUGAACCACCAAUACGUAAUAGUAGUAAUAUUAGUGGUACAUGUUUUAUUAAUAAUAAUAGUAACAACAGUAAUAAUAAUAGUAAUAGUAGUGAAACUGGUGAUAAUAUUAAUGUUAAUGAAAAUGAGAAUGUAAUUUCAUCAAUAUCAACAGCACAAUUGAGUAAUGGUCCGAAUGAUACCGCUGUAGUAAAACCAAGACGUUUUAUAUUAAAAUCAGCUGAUACUAUAAAUAAAUUAAAAAAUUAUUAUGAUAUUGAAACAGAAACCGAAUUUCCGCGGGAUUAUGAUGAUAAUAUUGAAAUAUUAUCCCGUGAAGCGGAAGCUGAAGAGGAGCAAUUUCAUAGAGCAGCUGAAGAUAAACUACAAUUGCUUGUGUAUGAACCUGAUUUAAGUAAAUUUGUUGAAGCUGAACGAAAUAAAAUAACAAAAAAAGAUGAUGAUGAAGAUGAACCAAUUGCAAUGUCACCUUGUGGAAGAUUUUUCAAAUAUGAUAAAGAAGUAGGACGUGGUUCUUUUAAAACAGUUUAUCGGGGAUUGGAUACUCAGACUGGGAUUGCGGUUGCAUGGUGCGAACUAUUGGAUAAAAAGGUUAAUAAAGUUGAACGUUUAAGGUUCCGUGAAGAAGCGGAGAUGUUAAAAAAAUUACAGCAUCCAAAUAUUGUCCGAUUUUACAAUUACUGGGAAGCAAAUUUUGGAAAAAAGAAAAAUAUUGUUCUAGUCACAGAAUUAAUGCUUUCGGGCACUUUAAAAUCAUAUUUAAGACGAUUUAAGAAAAUCAAUCCAAAGGUUUUAAAAUCUUGGUGUCGUCAAAUUUUGAAAGGUUUGCAUUUUUUGCAUUCACGUUCACCACCAAUUAUUCAUCGUGAUUUAAAAUGUGAUAAUAUAUUUAUAACUGGCACUACUGGAAGUGUUAAAAUUGGUGAUCUUGGUUUAGCAACGUUAAAAAAUCGUAGUUUUGCUAAAUCUGUAAUUGGUACCCCAGAGUUUAUGGCACCAGAAAUGUAUGAAGAACAUUAUAAUGAAUCUGUUGAUGUUUAUGCAUUUGGUAUGUGUAUGCUUGAAAUGGCAACAUCUGAAUAUCCUUACAAUGAAUGUUCUGGUCCAGCACAAAUUUAUAAAAAGGUAACUUCUGGAAUUAAACCAUCAUCGUUUGAAAAACUUGAAAAUCCAGAAGUAAGCGAGAUUAUUGAACGUUGUAUACAAUUAAAUAAAGAAGAUAGACCAACAUGCAAAGAUUUAUUAAAUUCAGAAUUUUUUGGUGAGGAUGUUGGUAUAAGAUUGGAACCAACAAGUUCUGAGGAUUUUAUUAAUAACUUUGAUGUAACUAAAAUUGAAUUUCGUUUGCGCUUACUUAGCCCAAAGAAGCAUUCAUUUAAACAUAAAGAAAAUGAAGCGAUACAAUUUGAAUUUGAUAUUAAAAUGGAUGAUUAUAAUGAAAUUGGUAUUGAAUUAGUUAAAGCAAAUUUUAUAAGUGAAGAAGAUGCUCGUGCUGUUGCAAAAUUAUUAAAAGUUCAAGUAGCAUCAUUAUUAAAAGAGCGUAAGGAUCGGCAAACCCAAUUGCAAUUGAUGAAUGAAAAAGCUCGCUUAGAAAAACUGGCAUUACAAGCCAAAAAAGAAUUUCAGCAACAAUUACAGGCACAGUUGUUGAAUGAACAAAUUCAACAGCAAGAACAAGAAGAACAAGAAGAACAAGAAGAACAAGAAGAACAAGAACAACAAAAACAACAAGAACAACAAGAACAACGAGAACAACCAGAACAACAAGAACAACAAGAACAACAGGAACAACAAGAAGAACAAGAACAACAAGAAAAACAAGAACAACAACAAACAAAGCAACAUCAAAAAUAUGAACAACAACAACCACAAGAUGAAGAAGAAGAAGAAGAAGAAGAAGAAGAAGAAGAAGAAGAAGAAGAAGAAGAAGAGGAAGAAGAAGAAGAAGAAGAAGAGGAAGAAGAAGAAGAAGAAGAACAACAACAACAACAACAACAACAACAACAACAACAAGAACAACAACAACAACAGCAACAACAACAACCGCAAAAACAGCAACAACAAGAACAACAACAAAAACAGCAACAACAACAACAGGAACAAACAAAACAAGAACAAGACGAACAACAACAACAUGAAAAACAACAACAGCAACAACAACAGGAACAAAGAAAACAGGAACAAGAUCAACAACAACAUGAAAAACAACAACAAGAACAACAACUGCAACAACAGCACCAACAGCAACAACAACAAGAGCAACAAACACUAGAACAACAACAAAAACAACUACCCCAACAGCAACAAGAACAACAACAAGAACAACAACAACAACAGGAACAAACGAAACAGGAAGAACAACAACAACAACCACAACAACAACAAUCACAACAACAACAACCACCACAACAACAACCUCAACAACAACAGCAACCGCAACUGCAACAACAACAACAACAAAUACAAAAACAACAACAACAACAAACACAACAAAAACAACAGGAACAAGAACAAGAACAACAAAAAGAACAACAACAACAAACACAACAACAAAAACAACAAGAACAACAACUACAACAAAAACAGCAACAACAACAGAAACAAACAAAACAGGAACAAGAUCAACAACAACAACAUGAAAAACAACAACAAGAACAACAACUGCAACAACAUCAAGAGCAACAAACACUAGAACAACAACAAAAACAACUACACCAACAGCAACAAAAACAAGAACAACAACAACAACAACAACAACAACAACAACAACAACAACAACAACAACAACAACAACAACAACAACAACAACAACAACAACAACAACAACAACAACAACAACAACAACAACAACAACAACAACAACAACAACAACAACAACAACAACAACAACAACAACAACAACAACAACAGCAACAACAACAACUACAACAACAACAACCACAACAAAAACAACCUCAACAACAACAGCAACCGCAACUGCAACAACAACAAACACAACAAAAACAGCAGGAACAAGAACAACAACAAGAACAACAACAACAGCGACAGGAACAAACAAAAGAGGAACAACUACAACAACAACAACCACAACAACAACAAUCACAACAACAACAACCUCAACAGCAACAGCAACCUCAACUGCAACAACAAAUACAACAACAAAUACAAAAACAACCGCAACAACAGCAACAACAACAACUACAACAACCACAACAACCACAACAACAACCUCAACAACAACAGCAACCGCAACUGCAACAACAACAGCAACCGCAACUGCAACAACAACAACAAAUACAAAAACAACAACAACAAACACAACAAAAACAACAGGAACAAGAACAAGAGCAACAACAAGAACAAAAACAACAGGAACAAACAAAACAGGAGCAACAUCAAGAACAACAACAGCAACAACAACUACAACAACAACAGCAACAACAACAGCAACAACAACUACAACAACAACUACAACACCAACAAAAACAACUACAUCAACAACCAGAACAACACCUACAACAACAACAUCAAGAACAACAGCAACAACAACAGCGAGAACAAAAACAACAUCAACAAGAACAACAUGAACAACAACAGCAACAACAACAAGGACAACAAAAACAGCAACAAGAGCAACAGCAGCAAAAACAACAACCACAACAACAACCAGAACAACAAGAACAAGACGAAAAAGAAAAAGAAGAAAAACAAGAAGAGGAAGAAGAACAACAACAACAAGAGCAAGGACAAGAGCAAGAGGAAGGACAAGGACAAGGGCUAGAGCAAGAGCAAGAGCAAGAGCAAGAGCAAGAGCAAGAGCAAGAGCAAGAGCAAGAGCAAGAGCAAGAGCAAGAGCAAGAGCAAGAGCAAGAGCAAGAGCAAGAGCAAGAGCAAGAGCAAGAGCAAGAGCAAGAGCAAGAGCAAGAGCAAGAGCAAGAGCAAGAGCAAGAGCAAGAGCAAGAGCAAGAGCAAGAGCAAGAGCAAGAGCAAGAGCAAGAGCAAGAGCAAGAGCAAGAGCAAGAGCAAGAGCAAGAGCAAGAGCAAAAGCAAGAGCAAGAGCAAGAGCAAGAGCAAGAGCAAGAGCAAGAGCAAGAGCAAGAGCAAGAGCAAGAGCAAGAGCAAGAGCAAGAACAAGAGCAAGAGCAAGAGCAAGAGCAAGAGCGAAAGCAAGAGCAAGAGCAAGAGCAAGAGCAAGAGCAAGAGCAAGAGCAAGAGCAAGAGCAUAAGCAAGAGCAAGAGCAAGAGCAAGAGCAAAAGCAAGAGCACGAGCAAGAGCAAGAGCAAGAGAGAGAGCAAGAGCAAGAGCAAGACCAAGGCCAAGAACAAGAGCAAGAGCAAAGGCAAGAGCAAGAGCAAGAGUAUGAGCAAGAGCAAGAGCAAGAGCAAGAGCAAGAGCAAGAGCAAGAGCAAGAGCAUGAGCAUGAGCAAGGGCAAGAACAAGAGCAAGAGCAAGAGCAAGAGCAAGAGCAAGAGCAAGAGCAAGAGCAAGAGCAAAAGCAUGAGCAAGAGCAAGAGCAAGGGCAAGAGCAAGAGCAAGAGCAGGAGCAAGAGCAAAAGCAAGGGCAAGAGCAAGGGCAAGAGCAAGAGCAGGAGCAAGAGCAAGAGCAAGAGCAAGAGCAAGAGCAAGAGCAGGAGCAGAAAAAAGAGCAAGAGCAAGGGCAAAAGCAAGACCAAGACCAAGAGCAAAAGCAAGAGCAAGACCAAGAGCAAAAGCUAGAGCAAGAGCAAGAGUCACAUAACCAGGAAAAUCAAAAACAAUUAGUUCAAGCGCCUAAUAUUGGAAAUCAAGACAGUCAAAGUAACGGAAUGGCGUGGCAAUUGCAACAGAUGAUGCUAUCGAAUUUAAAUAAAGCUUCUCAGCAGUAUUCCCCAUCUCAAAAAGCUGUUGCUUCUGCGACCUUUCAAAAUGAGCAGCAAAAACAACAACAACAACAACAGCGACAACAACAACAACAACAAAAACAACAAGAACAACAACAACAACUACAAGAACAACAACAACAACAACAACAACAACCACAACAAAAACAACAACAGCAACAAAAACAACAACUACAACAACAACAACAGCAACAACAACAACACCACACACAACAACAAACACAGCAACUAAAACAACAACAGCAACAAGAACAAAAACAAGAACAAGAACAAGAAAAAGAAAAAGAACAAGAACAAGAACAAGAACAAGAACAAGAACAAGAACAAGAACAAGAACAAGAACAAGAACAAGAACAAGAACAAGAACAAGAACAAGAACAAGAACAAGAACAAGAACAAGAACAAGAACAAGAACAAGAACAAGAACAAGAACAAGAACAAGAACAAGAACAAGAACAAGAACAAGAACAAGAACAAGAACAAGAACAAGAACAAGAACAAGAACAAGAACAAGAACAAGAACAAGAACAAGAACAAGAACAAGAACAAGAACAAGAACAAGAACAAGAACAAGAACAAGAACAAGAACAAGAACAAGAACAAGAACAAGAACAAGACCAAGAACAAGAACAAGAACAAGAACAAGAACAAGAACAAGAACAAGAACAAGAACAAGAACAAGAACAAGAACAAGAACAAGAACAAGAACAAGAACAAGAACAAGAACAAGAACAAGAACAAGAACAAGAACAAGAACAAGAACAAGAACAAGAACAAGAACAAGAACAAGAACAAGAACAAGAACAAGAACAAGAACAAGAACAAGAACAACAAGAAAAAAAAAAUCUGGAAGAACAUGAAUUACAAGGAUAUCAAAACAACCAAAAGCUGCAAUGGGAAGGUCAACAAGAACAGGAGAAACAGGAAGAACAACGAAUGUUACAAGAAAAACCAUACCAAGAAAAACAACAGGUACAAAUCGGGCGCAAUAUGUUUGAUACGCAAAGCUUAACAAAGAUGUUGCAUCAACAGCAGCUACUGAAAAAGGAAGAAGACAUAUGGCAAAGGGAACAACAAGAAAAACAAGAGCGACAUGGGCAGCAUGAAAAACAAGAACGCUAUCAAAAACAGCAAAUGCAACAACAGAAAGAAAAACAACAAGAACGACAAGGAAAAUUGAAACAUUCGGAACAACUAGAACAACAAGCACAAAAAGGACAUCAAAAGCAAAUACAAGAAAAUCACCAAAAACAUCAAGAAGAACACGCGUUUAAUGAAAUACAAGAACAACAAGACAAACUUAAAAAACAAUUUCAAGAACUAGAAUACAAACAAAACCAAAAAGAGCAAACAUAUCAUAAGGGGCAACAAGCACAACAACAAGAACAGCAAAUGAAACAAGAACAAUCUGUGCAGCAGGAAAAACAAGUUCAAGAGAAGGAAAAAGAACAAAAACAGAACAAAAUGGGAGAAAUAAAAAAAGAAGAAGAGCAAGAACAAGAACACAAUCAACUGGCAAACCAAGAACAAGAAAUACAACAGAAACAACCAGAGCAAAACCAACAAGAUAAACGGGACCAACAAGAUCAACUUAAACACCAAAAGCAACGAAAAGAGCAAGAACAAUCACAACAAAAACAACAAGAAGAACAAGAAAAUCAAACAUUACAGGGGCAACAAGCCCAAGAUAUACUUAAUCACCAAUUGCAGCAGGAAUUGGAAAUGAAACAAGAAAAAGACCAAGAAAUAGUGCCAAAACCAAAAAAAGAACGUAAUUAUGAAGAAGACCACCUGCAACAGGAACAACUACAUGAGAAAGGAAAACGGAAGCAACAACAGCAUUAUAAACGAAUGCAACCUGAGAAACGAAAGCAGCAGCAGCGAUUGAAUUUAGCAAAUAUCACAAGUAAUGUGUUAGAUAAAAUGACCAAUUUGUUUACAUUAAAUUCAAGAUCAAUGUCAUUGAAUGAAACUGAUGUAACGCAAUUAGUUGGACAACAAAUACAACAAUUUCCACAGCAGCAGCAACAGCAACGGGAACAGCAACAGAAAAAGCAAGAGCAACAGCAAGAGCAAGAGCAAGAGCAAGAGCAAGAGCAAGAGCAAGAGCAAGAGCAAGAGCAAGAGCAAGAGCAAGAACAAGAGCAAGAGCAAGAGCAAGAGCAAGAGCAAGAGCAAGAGCAAGAGCAAGAGCAAGAGCAAGAGCAAGAGCAAGAGCAAGAGCAAGAGCAAGAGCAAGAGCAACAGCAACAGCAACAGCAACAGCAACAGCAGCAGCAACAGCAACAGCAACAGAAACAGCAACAGCAACAGCAACAGCAACAGCAACAGCAACAGCAACUGCAACAGCAACAGCAACAGCAACAGCAACAGCAACAUCAACAGCAACAACAACAGCAACAGCAACUGCAACAACAACCACAACAGCAACAGCAACAGCAUCAGCAACAACAACAGCAACAGCAGCAGCAGCAACAGCAGGAAUUGGAACAGGAACAGGAGCAGGAACAGGAACAAGAACAGGAGCAGGGGCAGGGGCAGGGGCAGGGGCAGGGGCAGGGGCAGGAGCAGGAACAGGAGCAGGAUCAACAACAGCAGCAACAACAUCAACAAUACCAACAACAAAAACUUCGCACAAGUAAAAGUCGCAGAUCAACAAAGGGUAAUGCAAAUAUACCAAAAUUAAGUGUUACAAAAAUAGAAAAUGGUACUAUUGUUGAUUGUCAUAUGGAAAAUAAACCAAAGACGAUAACAUUUAAAUUUGAUGUUACUGAUGUUAAUCCAUCUGACGUGGCAAAUAAUUUGAUAUCCCAAGAACUUUUAUCUGAAAGCCAAAGUACCUUGUUUGUGGACAUGAUCAAAGAUAUUGUUAGACAGGUUAAAUUGGAUCCAACACAAAUUCCAGUGCCAACAGUAUUUCGACGCAACAUUGAAAAGGUUCGACAUGCGUCGUUAACAAGACAGCGAUCAGUAUUCAAAACUCACCAAAGACAUCGAUCAAGAGAUGAAACAUCAACAAACACAAUUUUUUCCCAAAUGUUUGAUACUGGUAAUGUUUACAGUAUGGAAUCUUUAGUUAUGCCAUCAUCAGUAGGUGAAAGUGGUAAUUUUAUUUUUAGUAACAGUGGCAACGAAAAAAGAAAUAAUGAUAAUAGCAAUAUUUAUAAUGAAUCAUUACCACAAUUAUUAAAUCAACAACCAUUAAGAAAAGCUGAUAGUGAUGAUACAAUUAAAACUACAACAACUUUUGAUGAUACACUACCAGCUCAAUCAGGAGAAGAUUGUGAAAUAAUAAAUGAUUCAACAAAAAUAUUUGGAAAUAAUAUACAUAGUAUAUGGUGCAAUAAUAAUAUAACAAAUAAUGGAACAGAACUUGUAAGAGCAUCAGGAAUUUCCGUAUCAUCAAUGAUUACCAACAGUUUUAAUGUCGGUACAAUAUCUCAAGGUGUUGGUAGUGGUAUUUGUAUUGGAGAAGCAAAUUAUAUAAGUAAUAGUGUUAUUGGAGGCUGUAAUAGUAGUACUGGUGCUGCAUCUAUUGAUCAAAAUAUUGAUAAUAUUGGAUUAUGUUCAGUAUCACGUAAAACUAGUACUGCCUCAGAAUAUACUUCAUUUUCAUCUGAUUAUACACCAGAUAGUACAAUAACAUCGUCAUCAUCACCGUCAACAAUUGAACAAAAUCAAAAGAUUUCUGAAAGUGAUACUUUGGAUAAUUUGGAUUUAACAUUACCAAAAGAUAUACAUUUGAAUGCAUCAUCAAUAGGAAAUGAUGUUUUAUUGGAAACUGCAUCAGCCCAAAUAAUAACUCCAACAGCAACAAACAAUAAUUAUGUUGUUGCUUUUACAUCUAUAACAGCUACAACAACACCUACUAACACUACUACCACAACAAGCAUUAGUAUCGGUAGUCAAAUAAAUCACUUAGAAACAAUAGUUCCUCCAUUUUCUGUCCAAGAUUCAAAAAAUAUUACAAGUGAUAGUAAUUCAUUUAAUUUAAAUGCAACACAAAUAACACCAACUCAAGAGUUAUUUAAUGAUAUUAAUAAUUCGGUAUCAACAGAAUCUAAAACAAUGCCAACUGAUAAUUUAAGUGGAGAGAUGGCAAUGGGAACACCUAUUUAUAAUGAUGUCAAGCCCAAGGCAGUUAGAAAGGUUUCACGUUUUUUAGUAAGCCCCGUGGUUAGGAAAACAUCAACUGGUGGUACAGUAAUUGUUGAAGCGGAACCUCCUCCAAUUUCUCAAACAGAAAAUUUAACAUAUUCACCACAGCAGUUACAGCAACCAAACUUCCCCUCCUCAUCUGCUGUUACAGAUAUUUCGCAGCAAAACAAAGCUUCACACAAUUUAUUUUCAUCAAAUUUUCAAACUGAAUUUCAACAGCAGACUAUAGACGGCGUACGAAAUCAAACUAAUAAUAGUAUUAGUGGUACAUUAGGGCAGUUGAAUGAGGAAAAUAUAAAUUUAUCUACAAUUGUUAUGGAACAACAUCAACAAGAAAAAUUAAAUACACAAUAUCAAAAAUUACAUUCGCUUCAACAAAUGCAACAAUAUCAAGACUGUAACCAAAAUAUUGAUCAAUCAACAAACGUUAUAGCUGCCAAAUUGUCAAACCAAAUUGCUAAUGUAAGUAGUUCAGAUAUUUGUGAUUCUAAUUCAGUUAUACAGCAACAAUACCGACAACACCGUGAAAAAGAGCAAAAAUUAUCAAGACUAGUGCAAAAAGAUCAAGAACCAGACCAGGAGCUGCAACAGGAAAUUAAACAAAAACAAAACCAAGAACUCAAGCAAGAAGAAGAACAUCAACAAGUGCCAGAAGAAGAACAAAAACAACAGCAAAAUCAAAGGGAAUCGCAAUUACAAACACAGCAACAAAACCAAGAACGUCAAGAACAACAAUACAAUCAACAAAGUGAAAAACAAAUUCCUCAAAUAAAUAGAGAAGAAGAAUACGAACAAGAAAAAUCGGAACAAAAAGGUCGAGGAUGUGAACAAGAACAAGCUCAGCAAUUGGAAAUGAAACCAAAAGAGAUCCAAGAGCAAGAACAAUGUCAACGAUAUCAACAAAGGGAACAAGAACGAGAAAAAUUAGAGCAUAAUGAUUGCGUGCAAGAGCAGCAACAAGCAACGAAACCAAAAGAAAACCAAGAAGAACAACAGGAUCAAUUACAAUUACAGCAGCAAAAACAGAACCAAAGACCACAGUUUCAACAAUUUCAAGAAAAGGAACAAAUAGAGAACCAAGAACGAGAAUAUGAAGAAAAACAACAUGAAGAACAACAACAAAGAGAAGAACAAAAGCUAAAACUGCAGCACAGAAAACAAGAACAGCAUGACCAACAAGAACGACAAGAAUCACGAGCACAACGAGAAGAACAGGUUCCACAAGAACCACAGUCACAACAAGAAAGUUUGAAGCAAGAACAAAAUGAGCGGGUACAACAACAAGAACAGCAAGAACGAGACAAACAACAACCAGAACAGCAAGAACAUCCAGAUCGACAGAAUCAGGAAAUCGAAAAUAUUGCUCAUAAUUUAAUGACGUCAUCAGAAUCUGUAAUAUCAUCAUCAACAACAGAAACAACUACUGUUACUACUUCCGCAAUAAGUGACGCUAAUGCAACAGCAGCAAACAAAUUAGUUGGACCAGAACACAUAAAUACAUUGGAGCAAUUAAAAAUUGGGUUAGAAAAUAUAACACAUGCUCAUGUGCCGGCAGUAAUUAGCAAAAGUGGUAGUGUCAGCGGUAUACCAGGCCAAGCUGCACCUCAGGUCAAUACUGGUACAGAAUCAAUGUCAGCUCCAAGUACAGCUACACAACAAGAAAUUGUAGCUAGCUUAAGUGCUAUGAACGUUUUAUCUGAAGGAAGUAGCAUUGAUAAUGCGUCUGUUUCAGAAGAUGCUAGUUGUUGUAAUAAUUUUGGCGUAGAAAUGGUUGGUGGUGGUACUCCAAGUAAUAACAGUGUAACUAGAUUGAGCGGUAUUAGCGCAGUUGGCAUAGAGGCAGAUGAUGCUUUAGCAGCAGUACCCGCAGUUGAAGCAGCAACAGGAGGAAUAAUUACUGGAGGUCCUGCAAGCGCAAAUAAUAUUAAUCAAUCAAAUUCUGAGCAAAAUUUAAAAAUGACUACAAAUGCGUUAUCAUUAAACAAUGACAUAAAAGAGGUAGCUAGUGAAAUAAACUACGCCAGCGGCGAUGACACUGUCACCGGAGACGUUACUGAAGGAAUCAUACCAUUAGAAAAUAAUACACCAUGUCAGUUACAGCAACAACAACAAUCAUCGACAACACCUGCAGGCCAUGGUACACCAGCUACUUCGGUAUCAACAAGAGGUUCAUCCGUAUAUAAUUCAAGAAGAACGUCGUUAGACAAUAGCGGAAGUACUGAUAUACCUCAAAUUCCAACAAAUAUUAUUGAAGGCGUUGAAUCAACAUAUAUUGUUCCUACACAGGAACAAGCUCAUUAUUAUAUUAGUGAAGGUGGUAUUUGUGGUAGUGAGGGUCCUAGUAGUAGUUUCAGUGUAAAUCUUGGUAGUGGACAACAAACAACUGGUAAUAGUACCACAGCUCAAACACCAAGCGAUCAUGAUCCAUUAAUAAAAAAGCUACCGAAACAGGGUAGCUUAGAGGGUAAACAUGACAUGAACGCCAUACAAAGCUCUUUGGCAGAUUUACAACACAAGCUGGCUCUUUUAACUGCAUCUGGAACGACGACAACAGCAAUAAAUCAAGCAUUGAAUGAGGGACAAUUGUCGCCAAUUCAAGUUAUUCCUACAUUUAAUAUGAAUCUUGGUUCUUCAGUCAUUCAAGUUUUGCCACAACAUUUAUCACAACAAUCUCAACAACAACAUCAACAAAUUCAAAAUUCGUUGUCUACCCAAUCAGUUCAGGAACAAUUGCAGCAACAUCAGCAACAAUCUCAAGCUCAUAAUAUUCCAUUACAGCAACAAUUUCAACAAUUACAAACUCCAUUGCAACAAAAUUUACAAUUACAACAACAAAUACAACAGCAACAUCAACAAAUGCAACAGAAACAACAUCAAAGGCAUCAAUUAGAGCAACAAAAGAAAAUAUUACAACAACAUCAAUUACAAAAACAAUUACAAAAACAACAACAACUUCAACAGCAAUCACAGGAACAGCACCAAAUACAGCAUCAAUAUCAAUUCCAGUUACAACAACAGCAUCACCAAAUGAAGCAGCAAUUGUUUCAACUCGAAAAUCAAAAACAGCAACAACAACAACAUCUAGAGCAGGAGCAACAACAGCUGAAACAGUUGCAACAUCAAAAUCAGCAACAGCACCAAGAGGAGCAGCAACAAGAAAUGCAGAAAUCAAUUCGAGUUGGCAUUUUUCAAAAUUCAAACAGAAGACACACACUUGAUCAAACUCAAUUAUAUUUCAAUAAUAAUGAUAAUAAUAACAAUAAUGAUAAUAAUAACAAUAAUGAUAAUAAUAAUAAUAAUAAUAAUAAUAAUAGUAAUAAUAAUAAAAAUAAUAAUAAUGAUAAUAAUAAUAAAAAUAAUAAAAAUAAUAAAAAUAAUAAUAAUAACAACGAUUUUGAUAAUAAAAAUGAUAUUAGCAAUAAGAAUAUACUAAACAUAAAUUCUUAUAAUAAUUUACCUCAGUCACAAUCAGUCAUACCCCCAAUAACUUAUUCCUCAUCUACAUUACCAGAUUUUAACAGUAAUUUAACACUAGCUAAAUGUAAUUUAGUUCAUGGAAUUCAUCAUCAAAUCCCACAUGUUGCGUCUCCUAAACUUCUAGCUUCAAGAUCAGCUUCUGUAGCUAAAAUAACUCAAAUAUGUGAUUUUCAAAAUGAAUUAGCAAAAAUUAAUUCAAGAAAUAAUAUUUCAAAAAAUCAACAGCCAUUACAGCAGCAGCAAUUACAGCAUGAGUCAUCACAUAUUUCACAACAAUCUCAACCUGAUGACACAAAAUCCUCAACAUCAGAUAAUUUACAACAAGGAAUUUCUGUUUCUGGGACAUUAAGUGACAAUGUCACAUCAGUAGUUAGCACUUCAUCUCCAAUAAUGUUAAUAUCAACUGCAACAGUUACAUCUGGAACGCCAUCUAUAUUGCAAUCUUCCGAAAUGAACUUAGCUCCAUCGAAUCAAGACGCAGCAAGACGUGUUUCAAGAUUUAGUGUUAGUCUUGUUAGUGAACAGCAACCAAAAAUUACAGAUGCCAACAAUAUACCGUCACAAUGUCAAACAUCUAGUGCACUAACAGUCAAUAAUGCUACUGAUACAAACCAGAUUAUCAGUUGUAAACAUACAGUUGAUGGGAAAUUGCCAACUAAUAUUGUACCAGCACAUGAGUUAAAUGAAAAAGGUAGUAACACUGUUAUUACCCCAACUGAAGAACAGUCAACACAAUAUUUUUCUGGCGAAGAAGGUGGUACCAGUAUAUCAGCUGCAACAUCAACAUCAGAAUUACCGCAGUUAGCACAAGCUGGCGAUGGAAAUAAUUUCGAAGUGAUUAAACAAACAAAAGAAGAACUUUUAUCUCUCGCUGCCACAAAUCCGGCUAUGCUUCCUACAAUGGUUCAAUCUGAUAUCAAACAUAAUCUUGAUACUGUGCGAAAUCAUUUGUGCAAUAUCAGAUUGGAGACUAAUCUUAGACAGACCCUUUUACUAUUGUUACAGAGACAGUACAUUGAAGAAGAGGAAUUACGCUUAAAACAUUAUGUUGAAUUAGAAAAAUUCAAAAAGAAUCUACCGAAGCCAGCCAGUUUUAUUGUUGAUAGUUCCAUUAUACAUAACCCACAUAAUUUGACAUCAUCAGUGCUUACGAAUACUCAAUCCCAAGCGGCGCAAAGCCCUGAUCAAUCAACGAAUCAAUUUUAUCAGCAGCAGUGCUUAGCUGCAAUUCAGCAGCAAUCUCAACCAUCUGCUGAAAAGCAAGGUUUUGCUUUAACGACAAGUGUAUUGUCUUCUUUAUCUCAACAGCAACAAUUGCAGCAGCAACAACAACCACAAACACAACAAACACAAAAGUCAACUCAGUCAUUUAUCCAUCAAGCUCAACAACAAUCUCAUCACCUCCAACAACAGUCACAACAGGUGUUAGAAAAUGAUCAAAAUAUUGAUUCCAUCGGUAUACAAUAUUCCUCAACAACACCUUCAAUAAUUGGAAAUCAACAACAACAACAGCAAAACCAGUCUAUGCAACAAUGACAACAACAUUUAAUUGCACCAAGUGAUAAAAACACAAUUGUAUCUCCUGGUGGUGUAAAUCAAUUAGGAGCUAAUUAUCCUUUUAUUUAUCAUCAACCAGCAACACCGCAACAACAAAUUCUUCAAGUACAACCACAACAACAACAGCAACAACAAUUGAAUAUUCAAACAUUAUUAUUAUCUACAUCUUCAAUUUCAUCGCAAUUGAAUACCCCAAUUUCAACCUCAACAAUAACUGUACCGUGUACUAUAAAUAUAAAACAGCAGAGUCAACAACUUGCUGUUGGACAAACGCAUACCAAUUUUCAAGCUGAAGUAUUACCUAAGUCAUAUGAUGACUAUAAGCAACAAGAAAAAGAACAAUUGGAAAAUUCUCAAUUACAGUAUCAGCAACAGCAGCAACACAAGCAACAACAGCAACAACAACACAUUCAAGAGCAACAACACGAUAAUAAUACAGAAUUAUUAUCGAAUCACAAUGAACAGCAGCAUUCAACAUUAUUCCCACAGUCAUUAUUAUUUACUAUAUCAUCAAAUCCUAUUACCUCAAAAACAACAACUAGUGUAGUUGAUGCUGGGGAAAUACCAUCAGCAAAUGUAAACACAAUAGCGCCACCAUCAUCAACUUCAUCUUCAUCAUCAACCACAGCUGGUAGCAUGACAAUAGAUCGUUCCACUUUUUUUUAGAUUAAAUUAAAAAAUUAAAAAUUUGAAUUAAAAAAUGUAAUUUAAGAACUAAUAGUUAUAUAAAUAUAUAGAUAACAUUUUAUAUAUGAAUAUACAUGUAUAUUUAUUUUAUAUACGUAUAUAAAAUGUAUGCAUAUGUGCACAUAACAUUUGUAUAUAUAUAUAUAUAUAUA